AUGCAGGGAAAUAAGAAACACAUGGAUGGACUUAGUGACUCCUCUAGUAUAGGGAGCCUCCUGGAUGACACAGACAGAGAGGUAUGUAGCCUCACAGACCGAGCAUUCAAGAGUUUGUGCGUGGCAGAACUUGAAGCAUCUGACAAGGAAUUGGAGCUUGUCAUUUCACCGGAAAUCACCCACCAAUUCUCUAGUAAAAUUCACCAAGGAACACUAAACCAUGCCAUCAAGAAAAGUAAUAUCUGCAAUAAGUUAUCAUCAAAAAACAACGAGCAUACAACACGGGCUUCAACAUUCCAGCAAUUACCAAAACGUGUUCAAGAAGAGAAAAAAGUUGCUAAAAACAGCACCGCAGAAAGGAAAAAGCCAAAUUUGCCAGUAUCUGGUCCAAGGAAAAACAAACAUGCCUCCAAAGUGUCCUGUUUGAUUAAGACAUUUGAUAAGACUGAAAACCAAUAUCCAGAAGGUUCCCUGGGAACAGUUAAAAAUAGUUCUCAAAAAUGCAAAUUAAUUCAGGGAAAUGACAUGGCUUUCUGGGAUGACACAGCAAUUUUAAAUAUCCAAAGGGAACUUUCCCACUUUUCUGAUGUGUGUCGAGAUAACCACUGGCUCAGUGACAAACACGAAGUCCAGAAAAGACAUAAUAAAAUUGAUGGGGGCUAUUGUGGUCCAGAUGGUUAUCAUCCUGCAUGGAUGGACACUUCAAACGUAUUUAAGGCAAAUCUCACCAGCUCUUGUAAAAAGACAGUCAAAAACAGGCAUGGGAAAGUUAAAGAGCCAGCCAAGAAGGGCAAUUUUCUUCACAGUGAGAACAGUGCUUUUGAAUCAUGGAAUGCCCAUCAUAAUAAACUGAGUGAAAAAGAAGAAUUUGCAGAUCUUAUACCAAAAAAGGAGGAUAUUACACACUUUGAAGAAACACCAUUGGUUAAACGAUCCUACACAUCUGAACAUAAACCACCACCCAGAAAGGUCAUAGGUGCUAGAAUUCAGGAAAAAGAUUUCCUAAUGGAUCUAUUUCCCCCCACAACUGAAUUCCAGGAACAUGUCCCACCAGCAACUGUACCUCAGGUCCUUGGCCCACUAAUGCCUGUACACCCUGACCCUCGAGAAGCUGAGUUUCAGGUUCCUAUUCCACCAGCACCUGUACCCCAGGUCUCUAGCCCAUCAUCAUCUGUACCCCAGGUCUCUGGUCCACCCCUAGCACCCAUGUCCCAGACCCCUGCUCUCCCCACAUCACCUGUCUCCAAGGCCCUUGCUCCACCACCGUCUGUGUCCCAAGUCACUUGCACUCAGAAGAAGGCAACCAAGCCGGAAUUGGACUAUAUCUGUCCACCAUGGAGGAAACAGAGGAAUAUAAAAGGGGUAGCGGCAAAAGCAAAGGAGAGUUCAAAUGAAAAGUUACAGCUCAGUGGAGAAGAAUUCUCUUUUUAUAAAAAGCCAUCUGCUGUUGAACCUUUUGCUGACACAACUGCAGUAGAUAACCAGGUAAACUCCCCUGAAUCCAUUAGCCCCUCUUUCAACAUCACAAAACUUUUAACACCAAUCAUACCAUUAAAACAAGAGACAGAAAAUCAACCAGUGCUGGUGACACCACCAAUACCUGACAUUGCAGCAACAAAAGAACAUGAGGGAAGUGGAUUUAGUGAUUAUCAAUCUCGGGAUAAUUACAAGUCUAAAGCACCAAGUUUAUUAUUCAACCUGAAGGAUGUUCGAAAACGUGUUAAAAGCACUUAUAGUCCCUCUCCUCUCUUAAAAGAGAAAAAUAAGGCUAAGGAAAACAUGAAACAAGAAAGUGUAAAAAUUAAUGAUACAGUGUCCACUUUUCUAGAAGAAAGUAGCUUAGAGCUUGCAGAGAGAGAUGAAUUAAGCCAUGGACCUUUUGUACACACUGACAGUAUCCAGGAAAAAGACAAUAAAACUGAUUUAGAGGGACACGUCACAGAUAAUUACCUAUCUUUAAAUUCACCCCAAGUAACAGUAGAUACUUCAUAUUACCAAAAUCAGGACAAUUUGCAACAGGAUGAUUCUAAAAACAAAGAUCUAUUGAAAGACACUGAGAACAGUGAAAAUGUUUCUAUCUCCGGACAUCAGUCAAACAUACAUGGUUUAAGGAAAAGUCGACAUUAUCCGUCACUGAAAGGCUACAGUAGAGACAAUGCAGAUGCAAAAGCUGUGCAGCAAAUGCAAAUGUAUAAUUCCAGUGUACAAGGCCACGAAAGUGAAAGAGAUGCUGAAAGCCAGAAUGGAAAUGAUGACCCUAAAAUACCCCCAAAACUUCUUUCACCAGCAGAAGAUGAGGCACCUUACAAUGCAAAUCAAACCAGUGUAAGAAGUAGAAAUGAAAAUAAAGGCAAGAGCAGCAGUAGUUCUUCCGAAUAUUCUUUUGUGACCACAGUAGAUCAGCCAUUUCAGGAGGAGCCCUUUUCAUUGAUUCAGCUGUUUCAGAAAGCAUGCCUUGAGGAAAGCCAGAGGAGUAGGAGUAAAAUGAAUGUAGAUGACAAGCAAAGUAGUAAAGGGAAAGGGAAACCGGUAGGGAAAGAGGAGUUGCAGUAUUAUGCUUUUAGUAACUGUGACACUAGCACAGAAGAAAAGCGUGAAGGAAAGGUGGCACAGGGUGAGAGCGAGAGCAUGGCAGAAGAGAGGUUGAUGAGUGAGAAGAGGGAAGAGGUCAGUAGUAUGAAUUCUGCAGCAGAAGGCAACAAGGAUGCUUCCACCUCCCUGUCAGAAGAGCCAGCAUCACCACUGUCUUCAAAUUCAUUCAAACCCAGUCUCUUUCUGAUUAAAGACAACACAUUCAAAUCAUCUCCUGUGAUAAAGGCAGUCAAGCUGCCUCUGCUUAGGUCCCUGUCCUCAGAAGAUACAGUCAGUAGUAGUUACAGGGACACAGAAAGCAGAUUGGAAGCUACUGUAGAGAAGGACAAGCAGCUUUACAGGCAGGGCCAAGGUACACCUAGCAUUCAAGAGAUCGACCGGUCAUUAUCAAGAAACAUAAAAGAACAGGAUGCAAGAGAAGAUGCACUAAUCAGAAAUGAGGAUGCCAAUGCACUGGGAUCUACUCCAGCUGGCAUGGGCUUUCAAGGGGCAGAUAACACCAGACUAAUAUGGGAGCCCAUCCUUUCAGAAGAUGUAGGGAGUUUUUCAUUAAGGGCAUCAGGGGAAGACAAUGAAGUGACUCAUACUUUAUUAAAUAAAGCUGGGAAAAGUAAUGAGGAAAGUGUUCACCGCAGCAAAGAGAAGCCCACGGUUGGAAAGAUGAAGCACUACUUAGCACGGUCAAAAUCAGCUUUAGGAGUUAGCUCAGCACAAAACAAAUUGGGCUCCCCUUCAGAAGAGAAGACAAAUUAUUUUAAGAAUUAUCUUUUGUCUAAUCGGAGAGGUGGAUCAUGUGCGAAAAAAAUAAUCACUAGGGAGAUAAAUUCUCCAGCAAUAAGCUCGAUAUUAGAGAACCACGUGUAUUGUCCUGUAACCAGUGACAUGUCAAGAGACAUCAGACACUUGGAAGAAACACCUGCUGUGUUAGACGAUCUUGAGUGUACCAUUGUAACGAACCCAAGGUCAGACAGCAUUACGUUCUCAGCUGUUACCAGUCCAUUGUCAGAGAAAAUUGCCAGUUCUAGUGUAACAAAGGCAGAGGAUAUUACAAAUUCCACUUUGUUGAAUUUGGUAACAAAGAACAAUGCUGAUAUUUCUGCAGAGGAAAUACUCGAUUCAAUGCAGAGGAGCCUGCUCGCUGAGGACACCAGCGAGUCUAGAAUGACAAAUGAGAGAUCACAGAGUCGUAUGGAGAAACCACUGGGCAAGCCACCUGCUGUGCCACCAAAAAGCGAAAAGGCCCUGCGGCGAGCAAAAAAGCUGGCAAACAAGAGAAAAAAGAUAGAGGCGCAGCAGAAGAACCUUCAAACAGCGCACAAAGAUACUGUUGUGAGGAAGCUGUCCCAUUCUGGACAGAUUCCAUUAUCCCCCUUAACCCUGAUCCAUUCUCCACCAUCUCCUGUGUCCCGUUCGCCUUUCCCUCCUACAGAAUCUAGCAUGGUGAGACUCAAAGGUGCCCAGUCAGUAAGCCCCACACCCUCUUUACCUGCAACUCAGCGUAAACUCCUUCAAGAUCCUGACUCAGGGCAGUACUUUGUUGUCGAUCUCUCCGGUCAAGUUCAUUUAAAGACCUUUUAUGAGCCAGAAACUGGCAAAUACAUCCAGGUACCCAUCUGUUCCUCAGAAAGGGGCUUACACCAAAGCACCUCUGUGGAAAAUUUAAAUUCUUCCUGUGUAUUGUACCCUAGUGCGCUACCUUUACCUGUGGCAGCUAUGAGAUCAGUUUCCCAACUCUCUGAACCUCUUUCACUAAUGCAGAAAGUACCAGGAGCACCAGCAGAAGCAGCUGAAGACUGUCAGCAAGAUGGCAGAGAUGCUCAAUCGCCAGAGAGUCAACCCUAUAUUGAACCUGUAUCUGACUCUUACAGUCAACAUGCUGAGGAAACUCAGUGUAAUUGUACAAAAGACACAAGUCCAGCUACAAACAUGGACAUCAUUUCAAUCAGUGAUUUAGAGGAUUUUGCUGUCGAAGGGAUAUCUUAA